AUGGCAUCCGCAGCGGAGAUCGAUACUACGGCCAAGGUAGCAAGCAAAGGCACAAACAAAUCCGCGACCGUCUCGCAGGAGGACUUUGAGGCUUGGAUCAGCGACGAGCGCUUCAAUCGUCUGUUCCAGCUCCCAGCAGAUGCUUCCCUUGGCAGGCCACAACCUCUGCAGGUCUCGUACGCCGACUAUGGCUGCGGGAACGACACUGCUGAAGGCCAGAAGCACGUGCUCUUGUUCUUCGGUCCUUUGAUGUCGUCACCGUUGUUUGCCGUUUCGAGAGAUGCCAUAGCGAAGAGGCACAAAGUCCGCAUCCUUCAAUUAGCGAGACCUGGUGUUGGUAAAUCAGCCAGUGUACCGGCUUCGAGGUUGAUCCAGACCUCUCGAGAAUCCACCGCAGCACUGCUCCAGCACCUGGGCAUCAAGCACGUCUCAAUAGGAUGCCACAGUGCCGGCACAAUCUAUGGACUCGACUUUGCUGUCCACUAUCCACAAUUCCUGCAUCCAUCUCGGCCCUAUAUAGCCUUCGCUGCUCCAUGGGUCCAUCCAUCACACUCUGGCGUGUUUCAUCUCUCUCUUGCGGCGAAGCUGCCGGGUUCUUUGAUCGCACACACGGACAAAGUGGCCACCUUCGUUAAUAUCAAACUGGGUCCGCUGCACAAAGCCGCCACCGCGAUAUCAGGCAUCCUACCGAGCAUUGAAAAGCCACCUACGCACAGAGGCCAAGAGGGUCCGGAAGUUGAGUUCCAGGAGGCUGUUCUUACGCAAACAAUGAGGCGUGUGUUCGCAGACAAUCCUGGAGCACGUGGUCUUGGCGCAGAAACGCAAGUGGUGCUCCGUAGAGGCGCCGAGGAGAAAGGAUGGUCCGACUGGGGUGAUCUGGACGUCGUUGCACCGCGCCUAGCACAGGCAGUACAUGCGGCCAGCAAUACGAGGCUGAAAGUGGACGUGUUCUUCACAGAGAAGGACAGCUUAAUUGGAGACGCUGGGUCAAAAGGUUGCAAAUGGUUUGAAUCGUGCUGGAGGGAUCUGGACAGCGUUGUAUUCGCGAGCGAAACGGUCAUGGGUGCAGACCAUGAUUCGGCUUGGGCGCUGCGGUUCGGCGUACUCGAGAAGGUCUUCCAGAAAAUCACUGCACCUGACUAG